AUGCUUAACGAAAAAGUCAUAGGAGAAUAUGUUUAUUAAGUAUCUGAUGAAUGCAAAGUCGGAGUUGGUUUAUUCAGGCACGUUUACAAAAGAUAUAAUGAGAAGACCAAGAAGCAAGAGGUGAUCAAGAGGAUUGACAAAAAGUAAAGUAAAGGCAUUUUUGAACAGAUGCUCAGUAACUAAAUCAAUAUUCUUAAGCAACUCAAUUUUCAGUACAUACUAAAGAUGCACGCAUAUUAUGAAACAACAAACUAUUAUUAUAUAAUUA